CAACGAGAAGCAGAGGUAGCUUCGUCAAGCUAGCGCUACUGGCGUUACUGAUAAUGUUUGCGUUCUUGCUGCUGCUCAAUUCGCUGCACAACACGGAUCUCGAUCUGCGGCAAUUGGAGCAGCAGGAACUGCAGCAAUCCCGACGCGAGUUUCAGCUGCGACAACGCGAAUCACUCAAUCAGAAUCGCAUACUCAAAGCCCUCGAACGCAGUUUGCCACCCGUAAGCAAGGCGACGCCGCCGCCCAAUCAAACUGUGGAGGAGCCCGUCGAUGAGGAGAUGGUCGAGCAGCUGGAAUACGAACUGCCUGAGGUCGACUAUAGUUUUUGGUAUCAUCAUGCCAAGCCACAGAAUUAUAGCCUCGGCCAAAAUUGUUCGAUUUAUCCCGAUCCGCUGGAUCUGCAGCUGCACAACACCUAUUGGCAGACCUUUAACAAUGCCAAUGUCACAUUUCGCAUGUUUGCCGCUUACCUUGAUUUGCGGAAGGGAGUUAAGGGUCGCGGCAUUGUCCGUGUGCUGGCGACAGCCAAUCAAAUCGAUGCUAAAUUCCCACCCACACAAUGUCAGCUGUGGUAUGAGAAUUAUACGCAUCCGAUUAUGGUCAACGUCACCGAGUUUAUGAGCACAUGGUACAAAUCUUGGGGCUCACGCAAUAAUUACAAUUACCCACAUUUGCUGAGCUGUCCCGUACCCGAUGCUCUGCCGCCCCCGUUGGGUCGCAGUAUUCCACGCACUGUCUCCCUAUCGAGCAGCAGUUGUGAAUAUGCCACCAACUCGUUGCGCAUUCACUACGAAAAUUCGGCCAAUCUUACAGCACGUCCUGGCACAACGAAUGAGACAUCCGUUCCGAGUCGUCCGUUUAGUUUUGGCGUCUGUUUGAAGGGUUUCGAUUUUCCGUAUGCUGAUCUAUCGGAGCGAAUAAUCGAAUGGUUUGAGCUGCAUCGUUUAAUGGGCGCCACCAAGAUCUAUGCGUAUAUGUAUGAUGUACAUCCGGCUGUGCAGCGUGUGCUCGACUAUUAUCAGCGUACCGGCUACCUCGAGAUGCAGCAGCUUACGAUGGCGAAUGGGAUGCCAAGGCUGCGGCAUUAUCAUCAUCUCUUCAUCCAUCGUCGCAUGCUGGCCAAGCGGCUGAAUGAGUUGAUAGCUUACAACGAUUGCUUCUAUCGCAACAUGUAUAAGCAUGACUUUAUGGUCAAUGUGGACAUCGAUGAGGUGAUUAUGCCGCAGGGCGCUAUGCGCACCUGGCAAGACAUACUGGAUAACGAUAUACCGAUAACGAAAAUGAAAUGUGCGAACGGACAUAAUAGCUAUUGCUUCAUCAAUGGCUACUUCACCAAGGUGGUGCCCGAGGUGCGCAAUCACGAGCAACUUGAGGCCGAUGAGCUGUAUGUGCUGCAGCAUACGAUGCGAUUUCGCAAUUAUUCGAAGCCCGGAUACGCGACGAAGUGCUUUCACGACACACGCUAUUCGGAGGCGUUGCACAAUCACUUUGCGCUCAGAUCGAUGAAAGGCGGUUGCGGUGCACGCACAUUGCCCACUGAUUUGGCCCAAAUGCAUCAUUAUCGCGAGCCGGACAAUAAGUAUAACAUCGACACCGAUUUGAUUGAGGAUCGCAAUGCCUGGAAGUAUGCACCAGAGUUGCGUUCGGCUGUCGAACAUGUGUGGCUGCAUUUGGGUGAUGUGCUUCUUCUCAGUUCGUUCACCGAGGAGCAGCGCAUGCUGGAGGAUCCCGAUACGGAUGUACAGGAUCCCGAGCAGCAGCAGCAGACUACAAAAGACAAGAUUUAGUUAGUGAUUAAAAUAUUUUGUUUACAU